AUGUCUGGGGCAGCAGACCGGGAAGCCGUGUUCCCUACACGGCAGUCCUUGGGCAUUAUGAAAGCCAAGCUCAAGGGCGCAGAGACGGGGCACAAUUUGCUCAAGAGGAAGAGUGAAGCAUUGACUAAACGUUUCCGAGAGAUUACCCACCGUAUCGACGAAGCAAAGCGUAAGAUGGGCCGUGUGAUGCAGAUCGCGUCACUGUCCCUGGCCGAGGUGACAUACGCGGUCGGCGGCAACAUUGGCUACCAGAUCCAGGAGUCGGCCAAGUCGGCGCGCUUCCGCAUCCGCGCCAAGCAGGAAAACGUGUCGGGUGUGCUGCUGCCCGCGUUCGAAGCUUACCAGACCGAAGGCAACAACGAUUUUGCUAUGACGGGUCUGGGGAAGGGCGGACAGCAGGUGCAGCGCUGCCGCGAGACGUACGCCCGUGCGGUCGAGGCGCUGGUAGAACUGGCAAGCCUGCAGACGGCGUUUGUCAUCUUAGAUGAGGUGAUCAAGGUGGUCAACAGGAGAGUCAAUGCGAUUGAACACGUCAUCAUUCCGAGGACGGAAAACACCAUCAAGUAUAUUAACUCAGAGCUGGAUGAGCUGGACAGAGAAGAGUUCUACCGGCUCAAGAAGGUCGCAAACAAAAAGCAACGAGACACAGCCGCAGCCGAUGUCGAGGCAAAGAAGCGGAAAGAACUGCUCGAGAAGGAAAACGAAACGCCGGACGCCGACCACGCAACCGGGCCCACCGAUCUCCUCGCCGCCGAGGACGACCAGGACGUGAUCUUUUAA